AUGAACAUGUCCGGCGCCAUCCACUCGCUCCGAGUAUCUUACGGACUUAUCUCACAAGCAGUUAUCGACCUGCCGCUGCCUGCUAGACACGCCAGCCAAGGCGAUGACAUUGUCCCUCUGCUUUUGUGCUCACGAACGGACGGCAGUCUUUCUCUGCUAUCCACAGAAGACGCAGACCAUUGCGAACAAAACGACAUCUCAAACACCAUCCUCGCGGAGCUUUUCCGAGAUCCUGCGCGACUUCGGACCAGAGUGGAGAACGUCAUUGUUGAAGCGCCUCCUCAACCUGUUGGCUACAACGACCUCAACACUUUCCCACUACCUCUGCACUGCUUUGUGCUGUUGACGGCCGGACUCGUCCUGGACUUUAAGAAAUACCACGUCAAAGUCGUCUUGUCUCACGGUACAAAGGCCGAGCCCAAAGCAGAAGCGGUCACGCCACCGGCGCUCAAGAUGGAAGAAGGUAGCGAGAGGUCUCAGCAGCGCGAGGCCGUCCAGGAGGACGAGGCCGACAAGGAAGAGGAGAACGCGAAGAUCUCGAUGAACCACGACGAGCUGAUACCAUCAAAGUCCGACCCGGUAUUGCAGCUACACGAGGAUAGCGAGACGGAGUCGGACGAGGACAUCGACGAAACGGUCAGGGCUGUGGAAGCGAUUUCUCCAUCAGCGCUCACGGCCAUGACUACCAUGAUUGAAGAUGCAGAGCGCAGCUUGUCAAAGCAAGAGGAAGAAUCUCAAGACGGCAUCUCGAGUUUCCUUCCAGCCAAGCAAACACCACAGAAGACAUAUGGCAAGUCGCGUAAAUGCGGCCCUAAACUCAAUCACGAUCACAGUACAGCCUCGACGAUUCCAGAAUCUGUUCAAAACAGCCCGACACGCGUAUCCACCUCUUUUGUGGUCACCGAGGCGGUAGCGAGGUCCUUGAGGAUGCCUUCUCUGCCCGUGGGUGAACAUGCCGACGUUGUCGCGCUGGAGGAAGAUGUCCAAAGUGGCGGUGCGACCGAAGAUAUGAGCAGUGACGGUGAUGAAGCAUCCAGGCCCGAGGCCACACCGAUGCCGGCUCUCAGAAAAAGACGAUUAGAAGCACAGAGAGAGCCUGGUGAGGAAGACGCAGACAUUCGCCUGUUCAAAGCGGCAAAGCAAGACGAAAGCUCCCUGGACGUGAUAGUCACGUCGGAGCCCAACAUCAAGAAGCUCAAGAAACCAUCGCGCCCAGCUACUCAAGCGAUCUCGCAGCCGACACGUGCUCAAAGUACGGGCAAGACUCCAGCGACACCAGCUCCGCCCUCAUCUUCAUCGAGAUUGUCAAGUGUCAAGGCACCUAAGAAGGUCCUGCUCUCCGGUAGUAGACUCAGCCCUGGUGAGAGAGGUUGGCUCAAGAGGCAAACUGCCAUUGUCGACGACGUACCUGGCCGCAAAGCAAAUUUUGUGUGCGUUGUUCGAGACACAGAUCUACCAGCCACUUUCAAAGUACUUCGUUCUCUGAUUGCAAACAAGCCAGUGGUCUCUGAUCAGUGGGUAACGGACUCGAAGGAAAAUUCGGAGCUUCUUGACCCUUCUGACUACCUACAUGCCGAUCUGCAAGGGAGUGAUAUCAAAUCGAACGACAGACGACUCAUCUGGAAGAGGAAGACGCUAUUCUUCACCACGUCUGCUGCCAAAAGCUACAAGGRAGAAUUCGAUGUUGUCAAACUCAUCGCCUUUGAAGCAGGCGCCGCGAUGGUGGAGCAUGGCGAUGCAAACAAAGGCGGCGAACUAAUGCCCGACAAGGCGAACACGAUCCUGUUCGGCACUGAUAUCACCAAAGAUCUUGAUGCACAAACACUCCUUGCCGAAUACGGCCGCACCGUAUAUGAUACGAAAUUGUUCUCCACCGCAAUCAUCAAAGCAGACUUUGACCCAGACUCUGAUGAAUUUCAGCUGGUGCUUCCAGGCGACGGCCUGACCAAGACGAAGCAGGGCCGAGGUAAAUGA